AUGAGAAGGGGAAAAGUUAAGCUCGGAUUUAUUGAGAAUUCCAUUGCAAGAAAAGUAGCCUUAACAAAGAGGACAGUUGCUAUUUCCAAAAAGUCAACUGAACUUGAAAUUCUUUGUGGUGUGAGUGUUGUGUUUGCUUUCUUUAACAUCAAUGAAGUUGAUCCAUUUGAAGUGUUUCCAUCCCUUAAUGCUGUGAAGGAUGUUAUGUCUCAUGUCAUGAACAUGCCACUUAUUGAACGUACUCAAAAGGCAACAACUCAAUACGCCUACAUUUCUGAAAGGAUCACUAAAGAAUCUUCCGAAUUGGAAAUUUUGAAGAAGAAGAACAUCCGAUCUGAAGGUCUCGAAUUCUUGUGCAAAGUUUUUGAAGGUAGUAUUGAAUUUAAUCAAAUUGAAGAACGAACAAUCUAUUGCAUGAAUCAGGUCAUAGAUGAAAAGUUUCAAGAGAUCGAAAAUAUAAACCAUUCCCAAAGCAUGAAUAAUCAUGCUAACGAAGAAGGCGGCGUUCCUGAUGAUGAUGUUAAACUCCAAUUUCCUAAUGGCGAUGAUAAUAUCGUUCCAUAUUGUAAUCCUCCACAAGGUCAUUUUAUUGGUAAUGGUAACUUUGUUCCUUCCCUUCCACCCGGCCAAUUUGGUAAUAGCAUUGGUAACAUUGUCCAUUAUGAUCAUUCAUCCUAUCAUGGUAAUGUCUAUUAUCCUCCUGGACCCCAACAAGGUGGAGCAAUCUUCAACAAAAUGGUAAGUGUACCAUGGUCAAUGCAGCCAACAUUGCAGAUUCAGUAUGACCCAACAAAGGCGGAACCUAGUGAUAAUUGGAGUACCUACGGUGGAUCUCCAAGCAACAAUAAUGAUGAUACGCAUCCUUCUAGACGUGAUUAA